CGCCCAAGAUCACACCGGGAACAGGAGGAGAGGCUCUUGGGGGCAAGUUUCUUUCCCCGGGGCUUUGAAAAAGGAAGCGGGCUGUUUACCAAGCAGAAGGGGGGGGAGAAGCGGUGCGGGCAACCUUUUGCAGUUUGCGGGGGGGGGGGUAGAUUCCGCGCAAACGCGCCCCUAAAUCGGAGUUCUUUUUAGAGCAAAGAAUACGAAUUAGUGCGCAAAGCAGACACUUUGGGAAAUCCGCUUUACAGGGCGAGGGGGGCAGCAUCCCCCACCCUUCAGGAGACUCCCCCCCCCCCACCUCACAUCGCCAGCCCCAUUCCUUCAGGCGCCCAGCCAGAGGCGUGAUGCAAAGUAGCCUUGGCAAAUGAAGGGCAUGGAUGAAAUAGACGAGACGCCACUUGAAACCGACGAGCGCUCAUGGUGCAAGCCAUAAAGUGACAUGACUGCAGCUCUUUCGUACUUCGGCGCGCCAGAGGAUCCUAAGAAACGGCCGCCUUCCUAAAUCCAACCCACGCGCAACUUCCAAGCGUCUGCUUUCUUUCCCCCCUCUUUUCAAAGGAGCUCCCUGGAGCCCUCGGGCGAGAUGUUUCCCCGCCCUCCUUGCAAGGCAGGUCCGUUGUCUGCAGGGGGUACUGCAACCCGCUGGCCGCAGCCUAUAAAGCGCAACAGGCAAAUCCCCUUCCCCCGCGUCCCACCUCCUUCCCCCGCCGUCGACUGUGCUACUUAGAGACCUGGCGCUGGAUAUUUAUUUAGUGAGGCGCUUGAGCAGGGAGAGCGAGGGUUUGGCUUGCCGGAGCCAGGAGCCUGCCGGCUUCAGAGACAGAACUUUGCCGCUGCUGGUGGGGUCAAGGAGAAGACGACGCCUGUCCCAGAAGGACAUUGUCCUAGAGAGAAGCAGCUGCGUUUGGCGACCAUCAGCAGGACCAUCCGACCGGAGGAGAUAGCAGGAGGGAGGCUGGCUGGACCUGGAUUUUGAGGAAAGCUGGAGGGCAAGCUUGGAGCAGGACGGUCCCUGGAAGUGGGACGGAGAGAGACCAAGCCAAGCCAGGAUGAAAAUGCUGAGGGACACUAGGCUUCGUCAUUCUUAAGAAACCACAUUGAGACAAGGAACAUGGAUCCUUUGUACUUCUCCACCGCUUUCCUCAAAGAAGCCAUUCCUCCAGAUGAUAACUUCUCCUUUUUGGCCAACACAACAAGCAACGCGACUCUCGGAGGGUUUUCCAUUCCUACCAGCAUCCGCUCUGUGCUCAUUCCAAUCAUUUACCUCAUGGUUUGUGCCGUUGGGCUGAGCGGGAACACCUUGGUCAUUUACGUGGUCCUGCGUUAUGCCAAGAUGAAGACCGUCACCAACAUUUACAUUUUAAACUUGGCAAUCGCUGACGUACUCUUCAUGCUCGGCUUGCCAUUCCUGGCUACCCAGAAUGCCAUCUCCUACUGGCCAUUUGGGACUUUCAUGUGCAGGCUAGUGACAGCUUUUGAUGGCAUCAACCAAUUCACCAGUAUCUUUUGCUUGACAGUCAUGAGUCUGGACCGCUACCUUGCCGUGGUUCACCCCAUCAAGUCUACCAAGUGGCGUCACCCAAGGUUCGCCAGACUGAUCAGCCUGGCAGUCUGGACUUUCUCCUUCCUAGUGGUGCUCCCAAUGAUCAUAUUCGCUGAUGUCCAGGAAACCUUUGACACCUGCAACAUGAGCUGGCCUGACCCGGUGCAGAUCUGGUCUGCGGUGUUCAUCAUAUACACCUCCGUCUUGGGGUUCUUUGGACCUCUGCUGGUGAUUUGCCUCUGCUACCUGCUGAUCAUCAUCAAAGUCAAGUCCUCGGGGAUCCGAGUGGGCUCUACAAGGCGCCGAAGGUCAGAGAGGAAAGUGACCAAGAUGGUGGUCAUCAUUGUGGUUGUUUUUGUUUUCUGUUGGCUUCCCUUCUACAUUGUCAACAUCAUCAACCUGAUCUUCAUCUUGCCGGAGGAGCCUGUCUUGGUUGGCAUCUUCUGUUUCGUGGUGGUUCUCUCCUACGCCAACAGCUGUGCCAACCCCAUCCUGUAUGGAUUUCUUUCCGAAAACUUCAAGCAGAGCUUUCAGAAGGUCCUGUGCCUCCGCAAAGGAAAUGGCAUUGAAGACGGCGACCCAACCGAACAUCGGCAAGAGAAGAGCAGCCGCCUGCAGGAGGCGAUGCUACUCCAGAGAAGUGUGGAGUCCAAUGGGCACAUGCAGACUAGCAAGCUGUAGAGAGGGACCUCCAUUGCCUUCAAGAGAACUGGAACUUGCUUGGAGCACAUUGUGGUGGCAAAUGCCAUGGGCAUGAUAAGAAUGGACUUUGCCAAAUCCUGUUUCCAGGGUGUACAAAUAUUUGCUUUCUUUCCACCUUGCACAGAAAUGCUCUCCUCUUCAACAUUACACCACACAAGCAAGACAAGAAAACAGGGGUGGGGCUAUGCAGAUCAAGGGGGUGGGGCAUGCAGAUAGCAGGAGGCUUGAUUCUCAAUGGGGAACACUGUUGCUCCACCUCAACCAUUGGCUUCAUAAAUAGGUGGAAGGGUAAGAAGGCCUGGAUCUCUCUACCUCACCCCCAGCCUAUCCAACAUGGUAGAUAUAUCUCCAUCAUGCUUCAUGGGCAAGGGAGACAUACGCCAGUUCCCAAUGUUCUACACUGUGGGCUGAUGGGAGUUGUAGUCCAAGAAGCUGGAGGACACCAGGUUGCCAACGGAUACACUAGUGCAAUCCAUAAACGGAAACCACAACAGGAUUGGACAGACUUGAUUCUCCGUGGCUAAGUUAAGCUGGUAUAAAAUGGAUGGAAAUUUGUAGUAUUGAUACAUAGAAUGCAUUGUAAAUCCUGCCAACCCUAACACACCAUGCGACACUGUCCCCAGGUAUGUUUCCACAGCUCUGUUGAGCAUGCUACAAUCCACCUAGCCAUUAUUGGUAAAACAAAGCAUUCUCACGUCUUACUUACCGCACAUGCUUCUAGUGGCCUGCUGUUUUGCAGGUUGCUUCCAGCAGGGGCAGAACCAACACCAUCCACCUCAGCGGCAAACCUGAGCAAAGCCAAUAUGAAGAAAAAUGUUCCAUUUUGUGCCCUGCUUUCCCAAGGGUUUUUUUGCCCUGCCAUUUCCCCUAAAUCUAGCAACACCCAUUAUCAGCACCACUAGAAAUCCAUUUGAAUUAGGAAGCAGACUUUAAGCCUUGCACACCAAUGCUAGUUGGGAUAAUUUGGGUGGUGAUUUGGGGAGAGGAGUAAAUUAAUUAAAGCCAAGCCAGAAUCAUAGAGUUGGAAGGGACCCAAGGGUCAUCUAGUCCAACCCCCUGCAAUGCAGGAACCUCAGCUAAAGCAUCCGUGAUAGAUGGC